GUGCUAUGAAGAAAGCGGCUGCAAGCCCGUUCCAAGCGGACCAGUCAACUGUGGAAGUGAAGAUGGAGGCCGACUAAUCUCUAGUUGUUUUCCAGCCCAAAAGACUAAAGUUUUCUUAUUUUGUGAUGUGUUGAAAAGUAUAUCAGUUCAGUGUCCAGUCACGGAAGAUUCCGUUUUCCCGCGAGUUGAGUUCGUUGUGCUCCGUUGAAUCAUGUUUCCCUUCGCGUUCGCUACUAGUGUUGUGUUAGUGUUGCCUUUCGGCGAGGGCGUGAUGGUGUCUCGGUACCCGUUGCGCCUAUUGCGCUGGGUCACAGGUAUUGCCCACUCAACUGAUGGAUUCGGAGAACUCUUUGGAUGGGGUGGAUGGAGAGCUGAAUGCAGGAAGCAGAGGUUACGCAUCAUCUGAUGAAGAGAAGAUCCUCAAUUAUGACACUAAAGCACAGAAAGCCCCGCAAAGUCCGCCAGACAGCCCACCCGGCAGCCCACCUGGCAGCCCUGGACAAGAUUCCACUCUUAACUCGCACAGCUCUGGAAGUCCUCAAAGAAAUUCACCACCCAGUAGUCCCUCAGAGAUGAGAAGAUCGGAAUCCAAAAGCCCUAGUCCACAAAGGCGCUCACCUGUAGGCAGUCCUUCAAGAGGCUCUCCAUCUGGCAGUCCCUCUAGGCGUUCACCUUCGGGAAGCCCCUCCAGGGGGUCAUUGUCGAGGAGUCCUACCAGGCGCUCACCAUCUGGCAGUCCUUCAAGAGACUCUCCCUCAAAAACACCUCCUGGGAGCCCCAAAUAUCCUUUGACCAAGAAACCAUCGAGUCCUGGCAGCCCUAGGAGUGAAGAUGCACCCACACGCAGCUCCCCUUCUCAUCAGUCAUCCAAAUUCAAGCAGUCCCCUUCUCUGCAGAUGCAUGACAAUAGACAAGAGAGGGGAAGUUAUUCGCGGCGCUCUCAUGGAAAGAAGUCGAAGCGCAGAACGGAUGGUAACGCAUCUGAUGGCAGUGAUGAUGGCCGAAGCAAUAUUUCAUCUUCUUCAUCGUAUAGUGAUGCUGCUGAAGCUAAAAAGAAUUCUGCUCACUUAGAAAAUGGUGACAAGUCAGAAAGAGGUAAAUUUGAGCCACACAAGGCUGACGAUCUAUCAGAUGUGUCAGAUCUUGACAGUGCUGCUGGGGAUGGAAGUUUAGACUCACUCUCUGAUGACGAAGCUUCCCGCAGAAAGAAAACCAAGGAUGAGGUAAAAAAGGCACCCUCUCCUAUAACACAUACCUCAAGUAUUCGAAAAGAUAUUGUGUCCCAUUCUGAUGAGAUGGAGCAGUUGGACUUUGAAGCUGAAGAGCCUCAGGCUAAAGAAGAUAAAGAGGAUGGUGAAUGUCCAGAGGCUGUUCGACGGCCAGAAAGUAGUGCAGCUAAGAGUGAGGCAGACGAUGGGGAAGUUAAAAAUGACGAGGUGGAAGAAGGAGAAAUCACAGAUGAAGAUGAAAACCGUCCUGAAGAAACAGAGCCCCGACCAAUUUGCAGAUUCUACAAUCGUGGUCAGUGCACAUGGGGGUCAAGUUGUCGUUUCCUCCACCCAGGUGUUACAGACAAGGGCAACUAUACAAUGUUUGACAUGGUACGCCCCCUUGUUCCCACUAAUGGACCUCCCAUGUAUGGACCUGGGCCUAUGGUGGACUACAGAGCUCCUUUAGAACGACCAAUGAUGGCUCCUGUUGGACCAAUGUACUCUGCUCGUAAAGAAGAGGCUCCUGCAUUGGAAUCUGCAUGGGAGCGAGGACUUAGAACCGCUAAAGAAAUGAUGCGAAAGGCAUCGAAAAGGAAAGAAACAGACAUGGACUUUGAAGAGAAGAAAAUGAACUUGAGCUUAGGUCAAGAUGAAUUGGACAAAGAAAAUGAUUACUACACUCGGCCAGCCAGCCCUGCUCUUGAUGAAGAUUUAGAGCGUUGGAGUGAGAAAGAUCCUGAAAGUAAGCAUCAUCGAAUGGUGGUGUCAGACAGAUAUGAAAUGGAUCCUUACUAUGGGCAUCACAGAGAAGGGCGGGAGCGAUGGGCCCGUGGCCAAUACGAUGAUGCUCGCCCUGGUUAUCCAAGAGAGCACGUGUAUGACAGUCGCCAUCCAGGAUCACAUCAUGAUUCUCAUGCUGCGUACAGGGCUCACAUUCAUCCAUCCGCCCAUCAUGAAGCGUCGUACUAUCCAGAUAAAUAUGAAAGGAAAAAGAAAUCUCACACAGUAAGAGAAGUUAUUGUUCAACACACUCGCAAAUCAUCUCGAGCAGAGGAAAAGUCCAGCUCAGCUCCUCACAGAGGAGGACGUGGUGAUGAGUGGGCAGAUCCGUGGAUGAGGUCCAAAUCUCCCACCAGUAACCGAAAAUCUAGGCCAACAAGAAGGCAGUCAUAUUCAUCAGGUUCAUCCUACUCAUCUUCCAGGUCUUCUAGGUCAUCCUACUCUUCUUACUAUUCCCGCUCCGGUUCUAGAUCUCGAUCGCGGUCUCGCUCCAAGUCUCGCUCUGCCUCCGGCUCUCGCUCUCGCUCCCGCUCACCUCCCCAUCCUCCUCCAUCCCUUAGGCGCACAGGUGCAGGGCGUGGUGGCGGUGGCGGCGCCAGAGGCAGCGGCGGCAGCCCCGGCCAGGCCCGGCGCGACCAGCGACGCCCAGCCCCAGACCCUAGAGCCAGCAGAGGAUCUAGAGCUGCAGCAUCAACUCCUGACCCAGAGAAGCGUCCUGCAGCAGGAUCUCGUAAACCUAGACCACCCUCACCUGGUGGGGCUCGUAAACCUGGUGCCAACUCAGGCUCAACUGCUGGUCCUGGCCGCUUAGCCGGCAAAGUGCGGCAUUCCAAGUCAUCUCGCUCGUCGUCAUCAGAUUCGAGUGGUUCAAGCAGUGAUAGUUCAGAAACAAGUUUGAGUUCAUCUUCAAGCAGCCGUGACCCAACUCCUCCACCCAAACCUAAAAAAAUUCAGAUGGAUGAACGUCUUAUGGCCCAGUCAACCAAGAUUAAGGCUAUGGAUGCAUUGAAGCUUUCCGGUCAAAAGCAACAGAUCAAACUGACUCUUAAAACCCCAGGGUCUGGUCCUGCAGGAGUGCCAGAUGAUCCAAGAAGGAGUUCUGUGGUUGCUGGGAAGAAGAGAACAGCUGAAACACCACCACCGCCAGAAACAGCCAAAUCAACUGCUGCUGCUAAGCCUCCUGUGAAGAAAACUGCAGCUAGAAGAGAGGAACUUCUGAAGCAACUGAAAGCUGUUGAAGAUGCUAUUGCUCGGAAGCGCUCAAAAAUUACAUAGUAUGCUGAAUUGUUUGAGACAACAAGCUGAAGUAUAUUUCUGCUUGCACAUAUUGUACAGGUUACAUAGUUUUAUGAAUGAAUUUUGAUGGUUCUGAUCAAUGAAAUAUAUUGUAAAGUUGAGGCAAAAAACUCAUGUAUGUCCUCAUGUCACCUUUCUGUUUGCAUAAAUAAUAUGCAUAUUUGUUUUGAAUGAUUUUACCAUUCAAUUUUAUUUGAUAAGUCACAUGAUAACUAGCUUCAAUUAAGUUAGUCAAUCAUUCUGGAGAAGUUACAAAGAAAUAGCUUUUCUUUUCAGUCCAAAUUAUGUUCCACAUCUGAUUGACAUUGACCCUCCCAUGACUGUUUUCCCAUUUCUAAAUUGUUGUUUUAAUGUUUUCCCCGUCAAAUAAGUUCAUUACCAAAAAUUGAUUAUGGCAUUUGGCCCUGAUGUAUACUUUAAUUUGUGGAUUCAAUUGUGUGAAGUGUGUUCCUAUGUCAUUUUAGGAGAAUACCAACAUUUGUGUAAUUAGCUUUCCUCUAGUACAUGCAACUCUACUGAGGAAUUAUAAGUGAUAUUACUGAUGUAUUUGUAUGCUGUCUUUACUGUGAGUAUAGAAUGCAUGAGUCAGAAGUUGUUUUUUUUUUUAAAUUGUAGGAUGGUAUGGAUGCUGGUUACUUGCACAUUUUCUCAGAUUGCAUAAUAAUAUCUGUUUACUCUUUGUCAUUUCAUUGUAAAAUAUACCUGCAGUUGUCCUACUUACACAUAAAUGUCGUUCAAAUCAUGUAAUUGUUAAAAACAUGAGUAGCUGGUAUUAUUGUUUCCAGAUGUUUCUAUUCUUGAUCAUCAGUAACCUUAGCAGUACUUACUUGUGCUUCCUGUAGACUGUUAUUAUGUGCUAUUAUAUUUUUACUCAUUUAUAUUUUCUCAGUGAUCUACUUUUAGUUAAUCUUGAGCAUUUUGUUGUUCAUGCUUUCUAUUUAAAUAUUUUGUAUGCUGUGUAUGUAGCAAGAUUAAACUAUUAUUGGCAUCCCCAUUAAAUAAUGUUUUGGAUUACAAUUUUCUGUGAGUUAUCACUGCCAAAGAAGCCCUGUCCUCGUCCCCCCUUGUUUUUUUCCCCUUGGAUGUUCCCCAAUCUUAUUUUUAUUAAGGGGUGUGGUCGAGGUCACAACCGAACUAACAAUUAUCACAUAGGUCAAAGUGCUCGAAGUGUAAGUCGAAGGAAGACAUUUUCAGACUCUUGAAAAGUAGAGUGACAGAUAUUGUUGCGAUGAGUAACUUGUGAAGAGUAAGGGUGUAAAGAGAUAUGUACCUUUUAUUGGAAAUAAAAUUUCACAACACAGUCA